AUGAGCGCCGCGCACGCGCGACUCUCCGCGACCGCGAGCACCGCGCACCUCGCGCGAUGCGCGCGCCGCCACGUCGCCGCCUCUGACGUCCUCGCGACCCCCCGCGCGCGCCUCGCGUCGUCGUCGCCGCGAGGCCGUCGCGUCGUCCACCGUUGGAUCGCCGCCGCCGAAUCGUCGUCGUCGUCGUCGUCGCCGUCGGAAUCGUCCGCCGCCGCGACGGCGAACGACGACGCGGCCGCCGCCGCCGCCGCCGCCGCGCCCGCGCCCGCGAGCGACCGAGCGUCGUCCGACGCGGACGCGGCGGAGUCGCCGGAGAUGCACGACAACCUCGCGAACAUCUUCCUCAAGCGCGACGAAGAGGACUGGAUCGGGCUGCUCGCGUCGUCCGCGCGAUGGCCGACGCUACGCGCCGGAUUCUUCGCGCGGCUCAAGACCCGCGCGACCGAGGAGGCGGACCCGGAGCAGAUGCUGCGGCUGUCUCGACUGCUCCGGCUGCUUCGGGCGACGUCCGAGCGCGUCGAGAAGCACGAGGCGCUGCUCGCGGAGAUGCGCGAGAUGGACGAGGACCUGUGGGAGGGCGCGGUGACGAGCCGCCGAGACGAGUUCACGACGGAGUUCUUCCAGUUGAUUCGAUUCAAGCUCGAGGCGCUCAUUCGCGACGAGGCCGCGAAGGGCGAGUCCGCGGCGCCGGGCGAGGCGACGAAAAAGGCGGCGAAGAAGAGAGGGUCGCUCACGAGCGCGGAGCGCGAUGAGUUGAAAGCCGAGCGCGCGGGGUUGGAGAACGAGGAGCGAGCGGCGGAGAACGAACGCGACGCGUUGGCGCGACUCGCGUCCACGCUCCUGUCCAUAUGCGAGGCGUUCGAUCUCGCGACGAAGGACCAGGGCGUCCUCGAAGAGGCCGCGGAGAACUUCAAGAAACUCCUGGAGGUGGAGACGCUGGAAGAGAUGAACGACAAGAUCGAUCAGAUGGCGGCGGAGCAGAGCUUAAACCCGGCGUUGGUGCUCACCGCGGCCAAGGCGUACAUGUCCGUGAAGGAGUCGCCGUACGUGGAGGAAGAAGUCAAAGACGUCAUGGCGCAUCUGUACUUUAAGAUGAAAGAGACGAUGGGGCGGCAGCAGCCGAAGGUUGUGAGGAUACUGAAGUACCUGCUGUCGAUCGAGGACCCGAAGGACGUUAGGAACGGUCUCGAGGAGGCGUUCACCCCGGGGCCGGAGAUCGAAAUCGGCGACGAGGAUUAUUUGUUCUGCGAAGCCCCGGAGCUUCUGAGCACGAUCGACGCGGUCUUGAAAGCGUACGAUCAGCAGAAGGGGAAGGCGAACAUCACCGGUCAAGCCGCGGAGCUGAUGACCCCGGAGGUGAUCGAGAAGAUGAAGACGAUCAAGUUUCAGAUCGAGGCGCACUUCAUGUGA